AUGCCUAUCGACUUCGACAACGACCUCAUCCUCAUUACCGCCGCCAGCGGGCGACAAGCAAGCGGAUUACUCCCACGUCUUGCUUCCAAAGCAAAACACCUCCGACUACAAUGCGUCUCAGACAGCUCCCGUCAACGCCUCGAGAAAGAGUAUCCCCAAGCUGAAGUUAUUCAAACAACCUUCGCCUCCAUCGACAACGCAAAGAAACUCCUCCACAACGUUUCCGUCUGCUUCCUCGUCUCCCCAGCCUUCGAGCUCCGCGAAACGCAAUGCGGCAUCAAUAUGAUCGACGCUGCGCGCGAAAACGCUCGCAACGGAGGCCCCUUUAAGCACAUGAUCCACUCGAGUGUCAUCCAUCCGUGUCUCCGCGCCCUCACUCACCACGACGCCAAGCGGCUCAUCGAGGAAGCGUUGGUGGAGUCGAAGCUGCCGUAUACGAUUCUGCAGCCGACGCAUCAGAUGGAUGUUGUUCCGAUCAAGUUGUUGGUCCAACAAGAGGAGAUUGUGUUUAAGGCGAGGUUUAAUCCAAGCACGAAGAUGUCGUUUGUAAAUUGUCAUGAUCUGGGUGAAGCUGUCUUCAACAUCAUCAACGAUCUGGACAGUCAUCAGUACGCUACUUAUCAACUAAUCAGCACUCGGACGCCACUGGACUACCACGAAGCUAUGGCGGAAGUGUCGAAGGUUGUUGGAAAGAAGGUCCGCGUGGAGGAGAUGACGCUUGAUGAGACGAUCAAGGACUUCAGGUCGUCUUUACCGAAGAGCAUGAGUGAGGUGGAAAGGGAGGCUGUGGUCGCUUCGUGGGCGCGAAUGAUCGUGCAUUACCAAGAGCACGGGCUGUUGGGCAAUUACAACUCCCUGAAGAUGUUGCUUGGUCGUGAGCCGCUGGGGUAUCGCGAGUGGGUUGAGAUGCAGUUGAAGUCGUAG